AUGCCAGUAUCCAGUGUUGCGGCAUCUGGGACGCCAUGUCAGGUCGUACUCAUGCAGUCUGUUUUUGCCUCUUCUUUCGGAAAGCCAUUUGUUGGUAAGUAUGGCCCAUUCGAUCGGACUUAAUUUAUUCAAAGACUUAUUGUGUUGCUUGAUUUGCAGGGGAUUACAGACCACCACCGAGGUGUAUGGCCGAUGCUGAUGUUGUGAUGAUGAACCUUACUGUUACAACAAGGGGACAACAAUUUGACCGACUGGCUAUAAUGUAACUUUCCUGACAUUUCUAGCUUAAUAUUCAGGGUAUAUAUCUAAAAAUAGACGACAGGUAUUUUGGAGCCAGCGAGGUAUUUCGUACUUCGACCGAGGAACCGAAAAGAGAUGGGAUCGUCUGGACUUAUGUUAAGGAUAUGUCUGAGUGAGUCCAUUUCUUUCGCCCAAAGAAUGCUAGAACUAAAAGAACAAUCACAGAUACAUGUAUUUCUGGAAAUCUCCUCAAACGCUAAUCUUCGACCUCCCGAAUCAAACGAAUGUAAACGUAAGCUCUUUCUGCCCUUUCUCUCCUCCCCCAACUUAAUCCAGCUAUCGUCUAACAGACUCUCCAAACCAGUUAACAGGAGUCUUCAACACAACCCUAACAGCCACAUUCCUCAAACUCCCAAACCUAUCCUCGCAAACUCCACCAGCAACGCUCAUCCUUCCCAUAUCAAACGGAAACACCACCUCGCCCUCAGUCUUCAGAGUCCCAGAGAACACCGCCCUCACUACCCUUAAAAUCCCUCGAAACACCAAUCGAGCCGUAUUCUCACUCUCCGCCACGGGACAAGGCGACGAAGAAUUCUGGUGGUCAAACGUGUUUACAUCCUCAAUCGCCACCUUCGCCCAAACUACCACCAAUGGAACCUUGGUACCCGGUAGUUUAUUAUCAGGAAAUUCGCCAUUUCGAGAAGUACAAGUGUAUAUGGAUGGAAUGUUAGUUGGGGUUCAAUGGCCAUUUCCCGUCAUUUUUACAGGAGGGGUAAUUCUUUCGUUUUGGAAUCCGGUGGUGGGAAUCGAUGCUUUUGAUUUGAAGGAAUAUGAGAUUGAUGUCUCGCCAUUUCUCGGUGUGUUGUGUGAUGGUGGAGAGCAUACUUUUGAGAUUCGAGUUGUAGGGUUGGAUGAUAACGGUGUCACUGCUUCGCUAUCAAAGAAUACCACUGCGUCUUGGGUGGUAAGCGGAAAGCUCUUUCUUUGGACGGACGAGGAUGCGAACGCGGUGACCACGGGGGACUUGCCGAAGGCUGGUCAGGCAGAUGGUUUAAACAUCCAGAUGUCUCAAGGGACGCAGAAGAAUUCCACUGGUCAGAAUAUCGCACUGGAUUAUACACUCUCCGUAUCAAGAAAUCUAUCUCUCGAAGCGACUAUCACAACUAAGAAGUUCGGGGUGCAGAGAACGAGAUGGAGUCAAAGGUUGGCUCACACUGAUAAUGCAAGAUAUGCACAGUCGGGAUUUAAUCAAAUCAACAAGAUUACAACAGAAGGGACGGAUAUCAGGGAGGGCGCGAUGCCUUCUAGAUACACUUACACAUACCCACUGGAAGCGAAUAUCACCGUUGUCCAAACCGAAAAAGACUCAAACUUCACGGUAUUUGGAUCCCUCAGACGGUCAAAGAACACAACUCUCGCCGGCUCAAGCGUCCAUCCCAAUUCUCUUCUCGCGUUUGAAACGUUGGAUAGAAGUAGAGAUGUUGUGAAGGGGUUGGAUAGUAUGGCAAUGAAUAUAAGUCAGAUGGGAUCAGGGUUGUUGUUUAAGAGCGAAGGCAAGAAUGUCAAUCGCAUAGAGGGAAAUACUACCCAGAGUAUUAGGAUGUCGGGCAUAUCUAGAAGGGGUGUGUUGGAUUCCAAUGGAAUGGGAGAUGUGGAGUUUUUCUGGAGGGAGGUAGGCGUUACGAAUGGGACGAUUAAGAAAGAUAAGGGAAGGGUUAUUGGAAUGGAGAUCAAGAAGAAUGCAUAG